CCCCUGCAGGGGGCUCGCUGCCGAACACACCGAAUCCACCGUCCACCCCGGAACACAAGUCCCAAGGGUGUUCGAGGAAUCGCGAGUCGGCAACCAGAUGUGGCAGCUUGGGGAGUAGCGCGUGUGGUGACACGGGGGAUACAUCGCAGUCGCAGCCAUCGCGGGGGCAGCAUGGAGGAGCCGACAUGGGGGGCGGCGGUCGGGACGGCGAUCUUCUGUCGUCCGCGAUCCGGCGGUUCAACUUCAAGUCGGCCGGCGGCAGCCGUAGCUGCCGCACGGUGCCGAAGGUCGUGGUCAUGGGCUCCAGUACGGCGUCCGAGACCACGAUCAACACGAGCACCGACAGCGCCAACACCAUGCUCACCAUGGUAACGACGACAGACGGGGAGCAGCCAGACGACAGCUUCGAUCUAAUCGACGUGCCGGCCGAAAUGUCGCCUCCCGCUACGGCCCCGUCGCAACAAUCAUCCAUCCAUCCCGCUGGUCAUCGGGGACAUCCCGACGACACGAUCGGGGGCAGCCGUACCUCGUCACCGGCGUCGCCCACAUCGCCGAUCUCCGUCGCGGCGCCGGCGAAUCAAACCACACCGCCGUUACCACUUCCGUCGUCGCCUACGACCCCGCUCUGCGGCUUCGACGGGACCGAGAUGGCCGGGCCCUCGGGUCGCUGUAUGCGCUCGAGAUUCGACUUGGGUCAACCGGACGGCGGCAAUAAAACGGCCAGCGGCUCCUCCAUCAGUCAGGGUCACAACGCGAGUAACGGCGCCGAGGGCGCGACGACUCUGCCUCCACCUACGCCGAUCCCCACGCACCAGGAGACCAGGUUCACCUUCGGCGGCAGCGGCAGAACCCCGCCUCUUCCGGAUCUCAGAGCCGCGGAUUUCUUCAGCACCCCCGUGAGGGGCUCGGUGGACGCGGGCCAGCCCGAUGCGACCGACUUGCGUUCCUCGAUUCGAAAUCUGGUGGCCGCCCAGGAUAAGCAGAACGCCAGGGGGGGAUAUCAGAUCGAUUAUGCGGCCGGCGGGAAAGCCAACUCGAGCCAGGCGAAUGCGCUGGAGAAGGGCAUGACCGAGCACAAGCGGAGCCAGAAGAGGCCCAACAUCAAUGUGACGACCAAUCCGCUCGAUAUAUCGCUCAUAGGUGCGACCCAGCCGUGCAAUACUCAGGGCUGCAACGUUCAAAGUAACGCGAGCACAAAGUCGCGAGGACGAUCAGCGGGCGGAAGUGCCGGUGGCGGCAGCAAGCGAUCGACCCAGGCGACGAUCGUGGUGCAACAGCCGUCCUUGUCGCUGGAUGCGCCCGCGGCGACGAUUCUGCUGCAUCCGGACACCGACGCCAGGAGACGCGAGGAGAACAUGCGGCAGCUGUUAGACGUUGCCAACACCCUCACCCUGCAGGAGAUACACGACUUCGAGAUGAGAUACGGAAGCCCGCAUCAUAGUCGAUCACAGUCGGUGAAGGCUCCCGGGAGUCGAUCCUCCGGUCGACCGAAUUACCUGUGUCUUCCGCAACAGAGAUCGCGAGUGGCGAGUAUGCCUAAUACCGGCGUGGAGGAGGAGUACUACAGACUACGGCAUUUCAGCAUUACGGGCAAGGGAGUGGUGAAUCGGGGCGACUCUCUAAAGAGCCGUAGAUCGCGCUCCAACAAUAGCGUGGCGUCCAGCAACUCUAGCCUUUCUUCUAUUCGACGCAGCACGGAACACCUGACCGCCUCGUACCCUGGUUCGGCGCGGAACUCGGCGGCGGGCUCGUUGGCGAGUUCGAGGGAGAGCAGCGCGUCUCAGGGCCCGGCGCCGUAUCGCGUCCUCAUGCUGGGCGCCCCGGCCGUCGGCAAGAGCUCGUUGGUGUCGCAAUUUAUGACUUCCGAGUACCUGCACGCCUACGACACUUCGAUCGACGACGAGUCCGGCGAAAAAACCGUCAGCGUGCUCCUGGCCGGCGAGGAGUCGGAAUUGACUUUCAUCGAUCACUCUUGUGCCGAAAUGACGCCGGAAAAUUGCAUCUCGACGUACGAGCCGCACGCGUACUGCGUCGUCUACUCCACGACCGAUCGAGCGUCGGUACGCGUCGCUGAGGAGGUUCUCCAAUCCUUGUGGCGGAGCGACCAUGUAUCCGCGAGGGCGGUGAUCCUCGUGGGGAACAAGAUCGACCUCGUUCGCAGCCGAUUGGUAUCGACCGAAGAGGGUAAAUCCAUGGCGACGUCUUACGACUGCAAGUUCAUCGAGACGUCCGUCGGGAUUAAUCACAACGUCGACGAGCUGCUGGUCGGCCUGCUCACGCAGAUCCGCCUGAAGCUGGAGAAUCCCGAGAGGACCCGGGAGAUGUUCCGUAAGCGGUCGCGGAAGAACCGCAGCAAGUCGCCGCUGGGCUCGUGCUCGGAGAACAACUCGCCUAAGAAGUAUCGCGGCAGCCGGACCAGCACCAGCCUGAAGGUGCGCAAUCUGCUCGACAAGGUCUGGGCGCGCGACAGCAAGUCGAAGAGCUGCGAGAAUCUGCACGUUCUGUAAAGAAGAAGAAAGAGCCCCGUCGCGUCGCGUCGGGUGCCCCUGGACGAUCGUCUCGAUCCCGGAAUGAUCUGGAGCAGCGAGCACGGAUCUUCCAUUGAAAACGUCUUACGCUUCGGAGCAGUCUUCUAAUACGGGUUUGGGAAGAGGGAGAGGUGCCCAGUCAACGAGGUGACUCUCGUCGGGGAAGAGAAAGGCCAAGUAUCGACCACUCCGUACUCAACUUUUCGCGGGGAACAAGAGGAGGCACGUGCGUAUCGCUUUCUAACGAAGUAGCCGACCUUUCCGGUCCGCGUUUCCCGUGCGUCGUGCGUUGUUAUAUAGCUCGAUCUCUCUGUACGCAUGACGUAAUUCUUUUUGUAUUUCUGACGCGGGAGCGCACACGGCGCCCGAUCAAUCGACGCUAUAACGCAGGUCAUUUUUAUUCCGCUCUCGCGAGACGUCGCGAGGUUUUAACGGUACUCCCAAUCCGGGAUUUUAAGCCGACGGUCUCGAACUUAUUUUUCCAUUGCCAGCACGGCUGAUUCUCUUCAAUUGCCACCUGAUUUACGCGCUGCGAUAAUCUAGAUCUGUCCGAGUUAGCGCUUUUCCAUUGCGAAUCUAUAAUCGAAUGUUUUAAGAGAGAUUGAUCGUUGAGCACACUUUUCAUAGCUCCUAUAAAUUCCGGCCGAGUAAGUGAUAAAAUGUUUUUAAUCCCGAAGUUAAGAGCGUGAACAAUCUUCGUGAUUACCGUAACGCGUAAAUAUAGGCCACGGUGGAUUGGCUUGGCGCGUAUCUUACGAAGGAGCGCGUGGGCGUCGUUAACGCGAUGAAUACGCGUUCGCGCGCGCCCGAAGAAGUCGUAAAGUGAAAUGCCGGUAAGAAGUAAAGUGAAACUGCGACACCGAUCAGGGCAGCAAUCAGCGUGGAUUACUAUACAAAAUGGAACCUGUGCGCUAUCGUACACAACCGAGUGACCGUUAAGGAGAAAAGGAAUCGAUCCUUAUCACGUCCGCUCGACCGUGUUCGUUUCGUGUCGCUCGCGGCCUAAAUGCGAGCGGCAAAAGAGCGACUCCGUGACGAGGUAGAAUUAUCUACUCUAUGGGUGAAUAAUUGUAGAGGAAUACGCGCGCCUAUACGUAUCAUAAUGUAUCCAGCAAACACAGAUUAUAACUGCAAUGUUGCAGCAAUAUUAUAACAUUCCAGCUAUAUUGCAGAAAUAUUACAAUAUUGCUGUAAUGUAGCAGUUAUAAUCUAUGUUUGCUGGGAGCUAUUUUGUCUCAUUCCGCACCGCAGUUUUCACAAUAACAAAACGCGCGCGAUUAUAUUUACACCGAUAUUUUGCAUUCCAAUUUUGUAUGAAAUUUCGAGCUUUCCCAUCGAGGAACCGAAGCGAGGGAUCCCGGCGAUCUUCAACCGCGCUUCAAGCAAGUGGAUGGGCUUGUUGACCCUUUCGCGCGCUCAGCAAUUUUGACUAAAAUCUCGUAUAUACCGAAUUCCCCGAGAUAGAGAGCGAUAGUAGAUGUAGAGCAGGUAGCUUUCCGUUGCGGUUCCUCUAGUAUCCAUUAAAACAGUGAUUCUCAAAUCAUUUUCAUUGAUAAUACAUCGGUGAAUUUAAUGCGAGAAAUUGCAACGCGUUCAACGUUUGGCGAGGGAUUCGGUAGUUAUACGUUGGAUAAAUAAAAUUUACAUUUUACGCAAAGAAAACCAAGAGCUAGAGUGGAAAUUUGAAACUUCGGAUGUGAUUUUUAAUUCAUUUUUAGAAAGAGAUUUUUCCAACCGGUUAUAUGUAUAUGAUUGUCUAUAUAAUCCACGCUUAUUACCGGAAUACAUUUUAAUAUGAAUAAAGUUUUUUAUAUUUUGUUCGUAGACGUUUAACUAUGUUAAGUCUACAUUUUGUAGUGUAUUAGAUUUGAAAAUAUAGUGACUAUAUAAUAUUGUUCUUGCCAAUCUUUUGCCAUCUUUUCAAUAUGACAUAAAAUUAUUUGUAAAUUUUUUGUGUUGAAAUAUUUAAGAAUUUACGGCUUAAGGACCAUUAAUAUAAAUUUAUAGUUUUAAUAAUCACUAUGUUGUGAAGCAAUAUAGCAAAAUACUUAUUGUUAGUAGAAUAUCAUGGUCGUGUAUCGAAAAAUUUCCGCCCCAUUCAAGUUUAUCAAAAACUUCAAUUUUAAUAAUAAUUUUAUUAUCAUUUAUUUUAAUAUGACCCUACUUUGUAUUUACAAGUAAUUUUAUUUAUUUCAAAACGCUGAAGCGCCUUCAACAUUUUUCUCUAACAACUGACAGCCACUACACUAAAAGGAAAAUCAAACAUAUCUCUGGUCGUUAUAUUCAGUUCAAAGGAAGUAGCAUGCGUAAAAUAGAACGCGAGAUUCUAAGCAGAAUCGUGAUGAUUUAUCUCUAAUAAAAGGAUCGCCAUAAAUCAUUAUUAAAGCGAUUCAAGGAAUAAGAUCAAGUGCAACGAAUAGAGUAAGUCGAUGAUCUAUAGUUGAGAGCCUUUCAGCUUUCCGACAGUCGCAUAUUACGAAAGCACGCGGGUACUCAUAUAUAUAUAUCGGUUUACGAUGAAGAUCCCCUCUCUCUGUUUAUAUUAAUAACAGAACGCGCGAGCAAUUUCCCUCAUCCGAAAAUAUUUACUUUGCAUAAUUGGGCAUUAUAUUCUCAUUAAAUAAGGAAUCUAAAUCGUAUAUCAUCUCGCCCGCUACACACGUUACACACAAUCGAAAGCCGCGAAAUGCAAAAAUGCGCAGCUGUCGGGAAAGUUAAACGAUGCAACGUAUGCGUCGUUGAAAUACGCGAGAGGUCGUGAGAGAGAUAAGUGGGUCGCCUCCCCGGCCACGCCGCCGGCCCUCCCGCCCGCGAGAUUGCCCGUUCCCCGAGAAUUAAAGGGCUCCGAUAUCAGGCAGCGAAACGCAACGUAACACGACGCCGCCAGCAGGCGAAUCGAAUCGCCCCGCCGCGAAAGGUCGUCCCAUGCGACAAGCAAUUAAUUUCCUAACGAUCGCCAUAUCGGCCCGAUCGAUCGCAACAGCGCGAAACGUUAACACCGCCGGGGGGAGGGAGGGGGGAGAGAAUCGACGAAUUUGCGAACGAGUUAUCGGAAGAAAAAAAGUGGACAGGGGGGCGAGAUAUCUCCGGAGGACUUGCCACACGAACACCAAUUCCAUUUUCGCGCCGGGUAUUAAAUAAAAGUGACAAUUCGCAUGAGCGACGUUGAACUUUCGAGAAUCACUGAUAUAACACACAGAGAUUAUGUCUGAAAUUUUGCAUGUUUCUUUUAGACUACGGACAUUUUGGAGAAUUUGGGGUCGCUCUCUCUUUUCUCAACGGCUGCGAUCCCUGGCGAAAAUAAAAAUCCGAACGUAAAUUGAUUGCAAGGGAAGAAUGACAGAAACGUGAAUGAAGCUUCUAAGGGUGCGUUCCAUUUAACGCUCGCAACGCUCUUGGAAUCAUUUCAUCCUUGUUGUUUAGCAAAUGUUAAUUAAACAAAAACGAGCGUUGCGAGCGUUAAAUGGAACGCAGUCUAAGAAGCGAAAAUUUGAACAGCAAAAAUGCAAAAGAAGCGUAAACGCUUCUUUAGUUCUUUUACGUUUGGUUGUUCCAAUUUUUGCCUCCUAGAAGUUUCGUUCGACGUACAUUCGACUUACGCUCCAAUCUUUAUUUUCGCCAGGGUUUCACUUAACGCUCGCAACGCUCGGAAUUAUUUCAUCCUUGUUAUUUACGUUAAAUGUUAAACGUUGUUUAUGUAAAUGUUAAACGAGGCCAAAUAACGCUCUUGCGAGCGUUGCGAGCGUUAAAAAUAAAACGCAGCCAAUAUGCUAUUGGGUUUCGGAACGAAAGUUUAUUUCGCUUUUUGCUAAGAAAAAUGGCAUUAGUACAAAUAAAAAAAAAAUAAAAAAAAAAGAGCGAAACGAAUUAUCGUUCAACUCAAUGUAUUUGAAAUUAUUAUAUACGCGCGACAUUUUAGCUUGUGCAGUAGGGUCGUCUCGGUGAACAAGAUGCGAAGUGAAGGUAAUGCAAUCUCACUUUAAAUUCAUUAUCCAGGAACUAGAUUCCGCGGGCUGCCGUUACAGCUGUAGGUGUAAUAAAAGAGAAAUGAUUUUGAUAUCAUGUAAUUACAAUAAUACUAAUGCUCCGGCGAAUGAAGCGGCACGCUCUACCGGUUCUUUUUUUUCAAACUUGACUUUCUUCAUGUCCCUUCACAGACGAAUAUACAGGGUGUUCCGAAAUUUGCGAAUCAAAAUAUCAUAGCAACAAAAGUCUUCGAAAAAUUAAGUAAAAAA